AUGUGGAAAGCUGCUGCGGGUAGGGAUGUUAAAGUGAAAGCACCCCCAUCAAAUGGGGAGGCAGAUGACUGGGAAACUGAUCCAGAUUUUGUGAAUGAUGUUUCUGAAGAGGAACAAAGAUGGGGAGCCAAAACUGUGGAAGGAUCUGGACACCAUGGAUCAGUAAACCUGAAACAGUUGAGGGAACAAGUGUCAGUUGAGGACAAAGAAUAUAAGCACAAACAGUAUGAGUCUGGUCCCAAGGCAUCGGAAGGUUAUGGAGGCAAGUUUGGUGUGCAGAAGGACCGCAUGGACAAGUCAGCAGUUGGACACGACUACCACGAAGAUUUAGCCACACACGCCAGCCAGACAGAUGUCAAGAAAGGAUUUGGUGGAAAGUUUGGUGUUCAGACAGACAGAGUAGACAAGUCUGCUGUAGGAUUUGACUAUGAAGGUAAAGUGGACAAGCACGAAUCACAAAAAGAUUACAGCAAAGGUUUUGGUGGGAAGUUUGGCAUCCAGAAAGAUCGCGUGGAUAAGUCUGCAGUUGGGUUUGAAUACAAGGAAAAUGUGCCAAAACACGAGUCACAGACAGACUACAGCAAAGGUUUUGGCGGGAAGUUUGGUGUCCAGCAGGACCGUCAGGACAAAGCGGCUGUGGGCUGGGACUAUGAAGGAAAGACAGAGAAGCAUGCCUCACAAACAGACUCCACCAAAGGUUUUGGUGGCAAGUUUGGGGUUCAGACGGAGCUUAUGGACAAGUCAGCCGUUGGGUACGAACACCAGGAACAGUUGCAGAAACAUGAGUCUCAAACAGAUUCCAGUAAAGGUUUUGGUGGAAAGUUUGGAGUCCAGAAAGAGCUCAUGGACAAGUCAGCUGUUGGGUAUGAACAUCAAGAGAAGCUGCAGAAACAUGAGUCCCAAACAGACUAUUCAAAAGGUUUUGGUGGGAAGUUUGGUGUCCAGAAAGAAAGUCAGGACAAGUCAGCUUUAGGCUACAGUGCUGACACACAUGUAGAGUUGCAUCCAUCGCAGACUGACAUGAAGAAAGGAUUUGGUGGCAAGUUUGGGGUUGAACAGGACAGGCGUGACAAGUCUGCUGGCUCCUUUGAUGAUAUGGAAGAGGUGAAGUCUGGCUACAAUAAGCCAAAACCAGAAGGAAGUACAGAAGGAGCCCGCAACCUCAAAGCAAGGUUCGAACAGUUAGCCAAAAGUGGAGACGAUGAAGCAAAGAAGAAAGCACAGGAGGAACGGCAGAAGAGAGAAGCCAGAGAAAAGAAGGAAAGAGAAGAGCAAGAAAGAUUAAGAAAGGAGAGGUUAGAAAAAGAAAGAUGGGAGGAAGAACAACAAAAACAAGUUUACCAAGAUGAACCAGAAUACGACACAGAAGGGCAGUACAAUGAACCGAAUCCGGAGCCAGAACCGGUCCGAGCACCACCCCGCCAGCCAGAACCAGAGCCGGAACCAGACAACACUUAUUACCAGCCUGCGGAAACUGAGGACCAGCCUGCUUCAGAACCUUAUGAAGACCAGCAAGCAGACGACCAGACAUCACCAACACGUGGAAGUGGCUUGACAGCUAUUGCCCUCUACGAUUACCAAGCCACUGAUGAUGAUGAAUUAACCUUUGACCCUGAGGAGGUCAUAACAGAUAUUGAAAUGGUUGAUGAUGGCUGGUGGAGAGGUCAGUGUCGUGGUGUCACGGGAUUGUUUCCUGCCAACUACGUAGAGUUGCAGCAGUAG